ACGAUGUGACGUAAGCGCGGUUUAUCAGUGGAUCCUGUACAGAGUCGCGUUCUUCAGCCGCCAGUUCAGUGCCAUAUACCGGACCGCCAGCAAGUGUGAAGCGCUAGCACAUCACCACAUCCUCUACCUCGACUUUUGGACCUGUAAUUUCUUACAAAGAUGUCUUGGGACCAGUACGUAAGCAAACAGCUGGUGGAAUCUGGAAACGUGAAGAUGGGAGCCAUCUGCGGCUUGGAUGGGUCUGUAUGGGCCGCCUCGCCCGAUCUAAAGAUCACACAGGAGGAGGUGAAGACCAUCGCCACCAACUUCGGGACUGACAACUUUAACACUAGUGGUGUCGUGUUGAGUGGGGAGAGGUUCGUGUUCCUGAGGGCCGAGGAAGGGAACUUGCGGGCGAAGAAGGGCAAAAAGUUCCUGCACAUCACCAAGACCAACACUGCCCUGAUCAUGGGCAUUAGCGAGGAACCCAUACAGCCCGGCUGUUGCACGUGCACCGUUGAGGCCUUGGGCGACUACCUAAAAGGACUCAACUACUAGUUUCCCUGGCUCAAACCUCUGCUUCCUCUGACCCUCUCUUACAUCUUCCGACUAUUACUCCUCCCUUCGUCUUCUUCUGUGCUAUGGGUCGAUUUUAAAAUUGAACCAAAUGCGUUUUUUCUUCAUUUCCGUUUUUCCAUAUAAUUGUGUGUGACUGAUCAAUUGUGGCACUUUUAAAAAAGAUAAAACACAGGAUUAAAAUUCCAGCUUGAAUUUCCUUUUGAUUAAAGUAAAGUGGAUAAACUGCACUGGCCAAAGGUCUAAUGAUCUUUUACUGCCAUGCAAUGUGAACGAAUUACUAAGCUUGUGAUAUUAUCUAUUUCCUACCGAUUACUCUCAAUAAAAAUGAAUUUCCAUA